AUGUCCUCUGCAGUAAAUGUUGUUAGCGUUGUAUUUCACGAUAACCCAGCAGCGUUCUGUGAUGGUUUUAAAUUAGAAGUUACGUUUGAAUCAGAAGCCCUUCAGGAAGAUUUAGAAUGGGAAUUAGUUUAUGUUGGAUCUGCGGAAUCAACAAAAUAUGAUCAGGUACUCGACUCGAUUGUCGUUGGACCUGUUGUUGAAGGUCGUCAUAAAUUCAUGUUGGAGACAAAUGGUCCUGAUCCAUCAAAAAUACCCAUGUCGGAUAUAGUUGGAGCAACUGCUUUAUUACUGAAAGGAAGUUAUAGGGAAACAGAAUUUAUAAAUAUUGGUUGGUUUGUCGCCUGUGAGUAUAUUGAUCCAGAGCUCAAGGAAGAACCACCUGCUACUCCUAUUGUUGAAAAAGUUUGCCUCACUUAA